AAGCUAUCGACCAUCUGUCAUCUCUAUUCUGCGCACCCACUGCGAACUAUAUUUUUCUGGAAUUAUUAUUAAAUAAGUCAAAUUGCAAAAUGUUGGGCCGCAGCAGUGUGAUUGCACGAAACUUUUCCCAGUCGAUGGUUCGCUUUAGCGGACAUGGCGGAGUCCCCGGCGAAAAUCUUCCCUUUGGACUGACCAACAAGUACAGGAUCACCGCUCUGUUCACCAUCGGCUGUGUCUUGGGUUUCGGAUCGCCCUUCCUGAUCGUCAGGCACCAGCUGCUCAAGAAGUAAGGUGCUCCCGUAGCGGCAGCAACAACAAAUGUAAGAUGUAGCGUUAUCUGCUAAGUUGGCCGGGAGGCCAUUACAGUGUGUUACAGCUUAAAUUUAAGUUAAAAGUGGAAACAAAAUAAAGUUACCCAUAACCGUAGAA